AUGGAGGAUCUCGAGACAUCCGCGAUUCUCGACUUUCACGGCAUCCCUUAUGUCGUGACCGUGCAGGUACAGCAGCAGUGUCUGCAUGUGCAGGUUGAAAGUGAAGAUGUGACUACGACACCCUCAAGCGUUUGGACUGGCACUUUUCCUGCUUCGGAUAUUGAGCAACUUACACGUCAGACAGGCAACUCAAAGCGCUUUCCAGUGUUCAUCCAAAUGUUGCUCACAGCAUUACAUCGACGUAGUGACACAGUGUUUGUGGAUCUCCUAACGACCACCGAUUUGGAUCUUUACAGACAGCGUAAAUUGCAACCUAAAGCAGCUUUGGAAGGGCUGCCAUGUUCUACUACUAGUACAAAUUCUGGAAAACGCUAUUUAAUCUUAACUUAUGCUGUUGAAUUCGAUCGAGUGCACUACCCAUUGCCUUUAACUCAGGAACAAUCACCAUCUCCAGAAGUUUUGCAGCGAACAAUUCGAAGACUGAGUCAGGCUUUAGCUGCAAAAGAGAAGACUUUUACUAGUGAGAGCAGUUCUCAAUUAGAAAAAGAAAAUGCAGCAUUGAAAGAAGAAAAUCGGUGCUUGAAAGACAAAUUGAAGCAGUAUGAUAUUGAAGUAGGUGGAUGCGAAAAUGUUGGAAUAAAUUCUUCGAAAGAUCUACAACAAGAGCUUGAGAUGUCGAGUGAAGAGAAGAAAAAGUUAGCUGAACUCUAUCAGCAUUUGAAAGAGGAAUCAGCGCUAGAGAUGGAAAAAUUGCGGACAGAAAUCAAACAACUUCGAUUAGCAUCUCAGCCGAAAGAUACAAGACAGGAGCAAGAAAAUGUGGUAACAAGACGCAAACUCAAGGACAGCAACGCUGCAGUUCAAAAAACCCUGGCCCAAAUGUUGCAAAUGAAAGCACAACUCGAGGAGACACAGCAAAAAAAUCGUGAUCUGCUUCGUCGGCUGGCAAUUUCACGUGCACGGUCUGGGCAGGGAACGCGUCAACGUCCUGUGCUUGAUAACAGUCAUCGAAGCGACUUCUCACGGUUUACACGCGACUUAUCACCACCAAAGAGAUCCGUUCGGUCUUCGACAGAAAUUACAACGAAACAAGAACACCCUGCCAUGUUUACUAAGUCGUAUCGAUCUGCUUCACCUCACUAUGGUCCAUCAGACGACGAAGAUAGAAUUCCACUAAAGAGUCGACGUGAACGAGCCACAAGUCGCACCCCCUUCCGUCGCUUUGAUCCAACAGCUUACCAACUAGAAAAGGAGCGUAAACUUCGCGAAGCUCGAGCAAACUCUAGGUCUCGGCUGCCUCGAUCCAAAGGCGGAUACUCAUCUGAUAGUUCAGCCGGUGGGUACUCAUCAGCCGAUUCUCGAGAUUCCAAGACGUCAUCUCGCUCUGCACGUUCACGCGGCUCACGAGUGUCGAGAGAGCGUCAACGAGAAUUAGAUGCUCGACUUUCCUCUCCCAAGCGAAACCUUGAGCCUCCCCCGCUUCCAAAUCGUCGUCAGCCACCUCGUUCGAGUCGUGGCCGUUCGUCGUCUCCCAUGCCAUCAAAAAGCAUCAAAUCUGGUCAUCAAACGCCUCGAUUACCAUCCCCGGGUCCGGUGUCAUCGUCAGAAAAGCCGCAAACAUCUCCAUACAGGAGUCAAACGUCGACUCCUGUGUCAACACAAAAAAAACAGCCUCCACAAGCACUGCUCGACACAUCCGCCGACUCAUUUAGUGAUAUUGAUGAACGUCUGACUGCUCUGCAAAAAUUUCUCCGAGAGGCUAAACAAAAAGGAGGCGGGACUACCGCCGCGAGUCUUGCAGCAUGA